AUGGAUAUAGAUAAAAACGCUGAUAUGCCCGACACUUCCUCAUUGGCUUCUAAGGGCAAGGUCAAGGAAGACGUUUCUUUGACUGCUAAUGCGUCAGUCAAGAAUCCAGAGACUGCAACUCCAGCAUCUACGACUACGCCCAAACCAAUAGUUCACUUAACAAAAAGAGAAGAAGAAUUUAUGCGAAAAGAUAAAAACUUGGCCGAGUUUUUGCCAAUGUUAGAUGAUCUCGAACCGCUUAUACCUGAUUCUGUAACAGACUAUUAUCUAGCGAGGUCAGGUUUUGCAGCUGAUGACAUCAGAAUGUAA